AUGAAGACUCUUUCUGGACGAUGUGAAUCAUCUAAAGAGAUAUCACUUUCCAAAGCUACCAAAAUUCUCUCAAAAUUUGUCUCUGCUGACAACGGUGCUUCGCAAGUUAUCAAUGCCUAUCUCCAUCGAGCUUCGGAUGCUUUCAAUGAGCUCAACCAGCUUCAUAGGGAGCUUAAACCCUCGCAGUCUCGUAGGAAGAAAAGCCGAAGCCACGUGACAGAUGAUAGUGGGAGAGUAGGUGUAAGUUCUGUUACAAGUGCUGAUGUGAAAUCUGAAAUCGGGAUUAUAAGGGAAAAGGUUUGUGGUGAGAAUGUUGAUGAAAAGUUGAUUGAGAAUGAUGUUAAAUUGGGUCGAGAAAUUAAUGGUUCUGUUGUAAAUGGAAGUGAGAAGCGUAGUAAGAAAGAUAAAAAGAAGAAGAAUGAAUUUGGAAAUAAGAAAGGUGAUGGAAAACUACCGAAAAGGGGCAAAAUGAAAAUGAAUCAGGUCAAGGCGAUGAAGAAAUGGAGGACGGAAAGAAACAGAAAAAGGACAAGAAGAAGAAGGACAAGAAUUUAG